UUAGAACCAUGAAAACAAUUCCCGUUGAUUUAAUAUGACUAAUUUCAACACAAUAAUCGUGUCACUCAAAUGCCGCGCAAUAAUUCGCGCGGAGGCCGCUACUACACGAUUCUGGGAGCCGGCAGACAGGUUCCGAACACAUGGACUUUCCGCCACGGCUUACCGGCUGGAUAAAAACAACCCCGAGCGGCGACUGUCAUCACUCAGAGAAAGAUCAUACCGGUGUCUCGACGCCCCCAGCGUAACGAAUUCCGUCAUGAAGACCGCCGUCGUUCUCGCCUGCCUGCUGGUGGCCGUCGCUGCCAAGCCCCAGUUUGGUAGAUUUGGACUCGGUGGCUUUGGCAGUGCCACUGGAGGAGCCAACUCUGGUUCUUUUCAGGGGCAGUCGAGCGGUCCCUUUGGAAACAGCCAGGUCCAGAACAGCUUCGCGAGCGCCGGGGGUUCCGCUUUUGGAGGUGGCGCCUCCCUGAACAGAGCUACCAGCAACGUCGGACAGAGCACGGGACUCUUCGGAAAUCAGCAGUUCGCCAACAACCAGGCCACCAGCAAUCAGUUCGGACGGUAACCCGUUCGGCGCAGGAAAAAUAUGUGAUACUGUCAUAACUGCAUGAGUCCUUGUAUGCAGCUUAUGCAAGUGUUUGUUCAUUGGAAACAUCCUCGUGGUUUACAAUGUGUUGAGAUCUGUUUAAUACAAAACGGAAAGAUC